UCAGCACUAGUUUGGGACAUAUAUUAAAAAUCACUGCUUUGUUCUCACAGGGUUGCUGUUUGUGGCGUUUCCCAGCUGAGAGAACAGAUCAGAAUCAAAUACUCUGAAAUCUUAGAAACUGGAAAAAAGGGAAUGAACCGUGAAGCUGUUCCUGGGAAGAGUCCGGAGGAGAUGUAUAUUCAGCAGAAAGUGAGAGUCCUGCUAAUGCUUAGGAAGAUGGGAUCAAAUUUAACCACCAGUGAAGAGGAGUUCUUGCGGACAUACGCAGGAGUAGUGAAUAGCCAGCUUAGCCAGCUUCCUCAGCACUCUAUUGACCAAGGUGCGGAGGAUGGCGUGAUGGCAUUUUCCAGAUCGGAGACCGAAGACAGAAGACAGUAACUUGAGCGGCUCUUUGUGCAAUAUAGAACUGGAACAGGGCAAACGAAGCGUUUGGCGGUUGAAGGAGAUGACAGGACAUCCCCAAAUUCCUUUGCCCUCCCAUAAAGUUGGUGUGUUCCCAUGAUAGCUUCCCCUGCUCUAAAUUCCGUGCCCCUCACACCCAGCCUUCUGAAUGCAUUUCACAGCCCUCUGCUCUGUACCCCUAUGUUGGUUCAGUAGGUCUGUCGCUGAUCCAGGAUAACUCCAGGAAUGCAUUUAUGAUUGGCUUACCCCCCCCACCCACCCCAAAAAGUGAACUGAUUGGCAGGGGAAAAGGAGAAAACCUGACAGGCCCUCCGCUCAUGUUUCAUUUUGCUUUUUUAUGAAUGGUUGCUGAUGUCCUGCUUGUAAAGCCUUCAGGCUCCAAUGCUUAUCUAGGUCAUGCUUGUGUGUUUUUGGAGAGGGGCUGGGUUGUGCGCAACUGGAAGAGGACUGGGGUGGCUGUUUGCAAGAUGAGAGGCUCGCAGGUGUUUUGCUGACAUCAGUGUUUUCCUUUGCUGGAAACUGAGGGGGGACGGAGGGGGAGAGGGGGGUUGUGUGUUUUCGUUAUCGCUUCUCAUUUCUUGAGACGGUGGGAGAGACAGAUCUUUUGCUCUAUUUAUUAUAAGCUUGCUUGCCUCUCAGAAGAAGCUGGCGUUAACUGCUGACUUCCAGCGGAUCGCAAAAUCUGUCCUACCGCUAACAUUUCCUCUGCUGUCUCUCAGAAAUUGCUGCUCGAAAUCUGGUGGUUUUUUGGAGUCUAUCCAGGCUGGGAGGAUCAGAAGCCCAGAACUGAGGUGGUGAAUCUCUGACAAGAAACAAGAAGGCGCGUUUGUGCCUGUGGCGAGAUUUGCUGACACUCUGCAGGCAUUCAUGGGUUCCAAAAUCUGUGACCCUCACCUUCAAAUCCAGCCUGCUUUUCCGUGGCUAUUGAUCUUAUUCCCGAGCAUACUUUUUUGGGGCGGAAAAAUCUACUCUCAAAGGCUGCAGGUGGCAUAACCAAUUCACAGUAUUAAUUAUAGGCCUUGGCUCACCAGGGUAUUAGGAUCCAAAAGCUUCAUCCGCAUAUUUCUUUUAAGAAGGCGCUGGGGAGGUUCCACUGCUAAUAUCUUCCAGCAAAGCUCUGAAGGUUGAGUGGAAACCAUUAUGUCGAGCAAAGGUUUGAGCUUCCCAGAUGUUUUUCGCAGUCUCAGUGUGAGCAGAAGGAUACCUUCAGACAGCCUAGGAGAAAUGAGAUUCGAUUUGCAGGUUUGCAGGGGUUGAAAAUUAAGCUUCGUUUCUUGGGCGCCAAUGGCGACCCACUUGGGAAAUCAGCAAUAAAUGUAGUUUACCCUUUCAGUAAAACUUCAGUUCCUCUAGAAAGUUAGGAUUUUUGUUUUGUUCUGUUUUUUUAAAUAUGGAUGCAGAAGGUCAGUUCUUGAAAAGGACAGAUUUUUGUUUUCCAGGUUAUACUUAGUUUCCACGUUGCAGGGACUCCAGAUUCUCUUCCUUGCAUUAUGGGAAAUUGUCUUCACCAGAAGCUCAAACUGAUGUUUGCAUCUAACACUCCUUUUCAAUAAAUGGUACAAUUUGGACUGUGGCUUUGUUGUCAGGAGCAACUUAAAUUCCAUCAUCGCCCGGAAUGCUGUGUGUUUGCUUUAUUAACUUAUUUUUAAUAUUCUUCAGUGGUACUCUUCCCAGAACUUAGUGCUCCCCCGAAACGAAGCGUGCUUGUGAAAAAUUCUCCAUCCUCAGUAACGCUACUUUGUCUCUCUGAGCAUUGCUCCCAAUUCGGUGACUCUUUUUUCCCCCAAAAGCUGCACUGCCGUUCUCUCCUGCCUGUUGCAGAAGUUCUGCUCCCAAAUCCAUUUGCAAAGGGCUGCUCACUCUGCCCCAGCCCUGUUUCCAGUGCUGUCCUUCUGCAUUGCAUAGGGAUGAGAUGUUGAACAACUGGUGCCGGUCUAGGAUCGGUGCCAACAGGGUAAACCUCUGGAAAAAAAAGGUGGUCCUCAAGGAAGCCCAUUUGAGGAUCAGUCUGGUCACUGGGUGGGUUGAAUAGGCAACGUUGCUCCAGGCUGUGGUGUGGUGCUCGGCGUUUGCAAACUGUUAAGAAAAGCAAAGUGAGUGUCUCUGUUUUUUAAAACUUUUGGAGGGCUGAAAUGUAACUUGAAGGGGUGGGGAAAUACAGUUUGUAAG